UUAAAUCAUUACAAUACAAUGUAUUUCUAGUUUAUAUUAAUAUUUAAGUGUUUCUUUUUGUUUUUUACAAUCCUAUUAAUCUUCCAAAAAAAACAAUUAAAUAUAAUUAGGUUUAUUCAAUUGCAGUCGAAUAACCAAUAAACUGCCGUAUUUUGUAUGAAACCAUGAAUUUUGUUGUGGGAGCUAUUUUCAUUUUUCUAUUACGUUUAAAUGGCAUCUCAUCAUCUAGAGUACUAGAGUUAAGUGACAAAUUUAUUGAUAUAAGCAACGAUGGAGUAUGGUUCGUCAAAUUUUAUGCUCCCUGGUGUGCUCAUUGUCGAAGGAUGGAACCUAUUUGGGCACAUGUGGCACAGUCUUUGUACAACACUCCAAUUAAAGUAGCAAAAGUAGACUGCACAAGAUUUACAGCAGUAGCCACUCAUUUUAAAGUAAGAGCAUACCCAACCAUCAUGUUUAUAAAAGGUGAAUUCAGGCAUGAGUAUUCAGGCGAGAGAAUUGAGGACGAAAUGGUAAAUUAUGCAAUGAGAAUGGCACAACCGGCUGUGCAGAAAGUAUCUCAUGCUGACAGUUUGGGAUAUUUGAAGGAAACACACAAUGUAUUUUUUGGUUAUAUUGGGAAAGAACAUGGACCAUUAUGGGAAAUGUUUUCUGUUCAUGCUGAAAAAUAUCAAGCACACAGUUGGUUUUAUGCAUUGUCUUAUGAAAUAGCUAAAAAUGAUUUAAAACCUCCAAAUGAGACUGCUGUGUUUGUGUAUAAGGAAGAAGAAAUUUAUUACUUUAAACCUAAUCCUGAUUUGCUGCAAGACAGGGAUACCUUAAAUGUUACUUUAAAUAAGUGGGUUAAUUCAGAGAGAUUUGGUUUCUUUCCAAAAAUAACGAGAUCAAAUAUUAAUGAUUUAAUGGAUACUGAAAAAUUUAUUGUUAUUGCUGUUGUAUCAGAAAAUAAAUUAAAAGAAAUAUCUCAGACUGAACGUGAUUUUAAGGAUAUGAUUGAAAACAUAAUACGAAAUAGGAAACAUGAACUUCAUCAUCGAUUUCAGUUUGGCUGGAUGGGGAAUCCUGAACUGGCUAACUCCAUAGCUAUGUCAGAAUUGACGGUUCCCCAUUUGAUUGUACUUAACUCAACUACUAGUCAUCACCAUAUACCAGAUGAUGACCCAGUGCUCAUGACCCCAGAAGCGGUUUCGAUUUUUCUUGAUUUAAUACAUAAUCAAAUGGCACCUACAUAUGGAGGCAAUAGUUGGUUAGUUCGUAUGUAUAGAGGAUUCUUCGAAGCUAGGACGACUCUCAUAAACAUGUGGCAAGGCAAUCCUGUACUAACGGCUCUUGUGUUUGGACUGCCCCUGGGUUUCCUUUCCCUCAUUUGUUAUUCCAUAUGUUGCGCUGACAUACUUGAUGCUGAUGAGGAAGAAACUACAGAAACCCAUGAGAAAAAGGAUUGAAGUAUCUACUUCAUAUACUUCAUGGCUAUCAUCUGAUAGCCAUAGCUAAAAUUAGUAGCUAUAUAAGAUGAAAUGAUGUUCCAGUUUUAUUAUAUUACAAAACAGUAUUUAUUGUAGAAAAUCAAAUAAACAACAUGCUAACCAAUAGCAGGAAUAAGAUAAAAUAUAAUUAAAUAAUAACUAUUAUACAAGCUAUAAACUCUUAAGUAUCAUCAUUAAUAACUAGUAAGUCAUAAAAAAGUAUCUCUUGGUUAUAUAUAUAAUGAAAGUAAUAUUAAUUCAAUUUUAAAAUUAAUUUUGGUACAGAUAACAGCAACAAUAUUUGCAUUUGCAAAAGAAUCUUGGUGAGAUACUAGCAUAUCCCGAUUUAUAAGCAGAGUUUUAUUCCAGAAUUAUUAAUUUAAUAAGUUGUAAUAUAAGUAUCAAGUGUUUUAAAUUCAAUUAUUUACGUACCUGUAACUGACAUUUAAAAAGAAAAUCUUAUAAUUUAUCAAAAGUAAAAUUAAUUUAUUACUGUAAGUAUAUAAUAAAGUUCUUCUGCGGCAGUCGAAGAUGUAAUGGCUAAGCUUUCGAUUACCUGCCGUCGAGUUGGGGGUUGAUAUUUUUUUUACAGUAAGGUUACAUUAUUAUAAGCACACACGCAAAGUUUCAACUUGCGGAGACUCGUAGUUUUUAAGGAAAAAAUUAUUGAAAAUCAAUUAUUUUUGCAAUUUUAUGUCAAUCCGGUAGUAACAUUGACAGAUUAUAACGUUUCGUUUUACCUACGGUUGAGAAAAACUUUCAGAAACAUUUUAUUUUAAAUAAAUUUAAGUAAAUACUUA